AUAAGUCUCAGGAACUUGUCCAAGAUAGAUGUGCGUGGGCGUGGGUCUGUGAGCUGGGAAUCAGUCUGUGAGUGGUGUCCAAGGUACCGGUGUGGAUACCGACUACCAGGAACAACUGAUCAAGUGGGAUUAAUGUGUGAGAGAGACAACAAGCGUUUUGGUCAAAGCUCGUCACAUCAAACCUUGGGACCAGGCCCUGUAGACGAGCAGGCAUCUAUUGUGUAUUUUCCCGGAUACCUUCGACUGACCAGCAUCGAAUGAAGGCCUGAAGGGCCGUAUAAUUUAUCGAAAGGCUCAGGUUCUAUGACAUGAAGUAACAGAGGCUUUGGUUGGUGGAAUUGUAUACAUGAGCUUCUAUUGGGCAUUUGCUGGAAUCUCUUAUAGUAUUGAUGUUCCAGUCUUCAACAGGAUUUUCUCGAUUCAGCACCUUAUCCCCAGUUUUAUUGGAUAAAUCUACCUCAAGUCAUCUAAAAGUGGCCGGGAUGAACGGAGAAGAUGAUGAUGAGUUUAUUGGCUUCGCCACGCUGCCAGAUCAGGUUCACAGGAAGGCAGUCAAGAGGGGAUUUGACUUCACCCUGAUGGUUGUGGGGGAGAUGGGCCUCGGGAAAUCAACUUUAAUCAACAGUCUGUUCCUCACAGAGCUCUACAAGGAAAGAGAGGUGACCGGUGUAGAAGAUCGGGUCAGCUGUACAGUGGAGAUAGAGAAGAAACAGCUAGAGAUUGAGGAGAAGGGGGUGCGACUACGCUUGACUAUUGUAGACACUCCUGGUUUCAACGACGCAAUCAACGCAGAGAGCAGCUGGAAAAGCUUAGAAGCCUACAUCGACAAGCAGUUUGAACAAUACUUCCAAGAUGAGAGCGGACUUAACCGAAAGAAUAUUGUGGAUAACCGAGUGCAUUGUGUCCUUUACUUCGUAUCCCCAUAUGGGCACGGGUUGAAGCCGAUCGACAUACAGGUGAUGAAGAAACUACAUAACAAAGUUAACAUUGUGCCACUGCUGGCUAAAUCCGACAUUCUUACGAAGGCCGAGGUGAAGAGAUUAAAACAAAGGAUCCUGGAGGAGAUCGAGAAGAAUGACAUCCACAUCUACGAGUUCCCCGACUGUGACAGUGAUGAGGACGAGGACUUCAAGCAGCAGGACAGCGACUUGAAGGCUGCUGUUCCCUUUGCUGUAGUAGGGUGCAACACUGUGGUGGAGGCAGCGGGCAAGAAGAUCCGGGGUCGGGCGUACCCCUGGGGCAUUGUGGAGAUUGACAACCCCAACCACUGCGACUUUAACAAGCUGCGACAAAUGUUAAUAAGCACUCACAUGCAGGAUUUAAAAGACGUGACGUCUGACUGCCAUUAUGAGAAUUAUCGUGCAGAACAUCUCAAAGAUCACCUCACCAUUUCACAAAAGGAUAGGAGCAAACUUAAGAGAGAUUCCAGUCCCAACUUUGAAGCCAUCAUGGAUGCAGACAAACUGUUGGAGCAGAAGGAUGCUGAGAUUCAACGAAUGCAAGCGAUGCUGGCAAAGAUGCAGCAACAAUUACAACAAGGGCAAAAGGAACAAAAAGUGAAUGGGUUGGGUAAACUCUGAGAGCACAGUUCUACAAAUAGAUUGAGUCAUGUGAUUAGCAUGUGAUCAGCUGCUGCUGACAACAUGAGAGUUACGGAACUCUCAUUCUAAGCUGAGGGAGAUGAGCCAAGAAUUACACAAGGCUGACGAAUGAUAGUCACGUGAUCACGACUGUGAGUAGACUCCCACACAGAAGGUCAAGGCCGUUCAUCACCCUCCCUUAAUUUCCUCAGACGCAAGACUUUUACACCAGUAAUAAAGACUUGACAAUAUAAUUGACAUCAAUCUUAACUCUAGGUUCAUAAAUAUACUUUAAGAUUUUAUCCCUGUAGAAUCAAUAUGGCCGUUAGGACCUUCUGAGGGGAGAUAACUCUCACAGAACUGGUCACGUGAUCGUAGAGGUGGGAUAUUUAUCCCACGCCUGCGUACCUACUGAUGCAAACUAUUUUGAAGGAGGAACUACAUUCUCAAGUCACAAGUGUAAAUCAGGGACUCCGUAGUUGGUGUCACAUAAUUGUUGUUGUCCACCAUCUUUCUUCAUUCAGCACUGGUCAAGGUCAUUACUCAGUUAUCUCCCUUUCCAAUAUUGCCAUGCUUUACACAAACUCACUUUUGCCCUUCCCAUGAAGUUAAUGACUUCAAUCUUAUUCACAUCAGGGUAUAUAUAAUGCUUGAAUUCCUUGCAGAAUGACCAUGAUUCCUCUAAAAUAAAAUAAAAAUACAAUUUAUGUUUUGAGAAUUUGGAGAAUCAAAACUUUUGAUUUGUAUUCAAAUGAUUUGAUUCCAAUACUUAAUUGUCAAAUUUGCAAGUCAAUUUUAGGAAAGGUUAUUUUUAGAGGAAUUAUGAUAUAAAAAAAGACUGUCAAUCUUUUCGCAAUAAAUGGACCAACGGUUAUAUGCAAAGGGAGGUAACUGAGGGAGCGUAUGUUUUCAGCUUGGAUGUACAUUGCGUAUUGUAAAGGUAUGAAUCAGAUUUGUUAUUGCAGUCAUCAGUGAGAGAUUAUCAGGCAUCAGUUACUAUGUACUACAUUUCCUCUGCUUCUGAACAUUCAAAACAUUAUUAAUUACAAAAUAAGAUGAAUGAUCAAUCACCUGAGUGUCCAAUUCAGUCAAGCAAUAAUUGCAAAAUAAAAUAUUUGUUUAUUAAAACUUUAUGUUUUGAUGGCAAAAUAUUUACAUUCAUUUUGUUUGGAAGCGACUAAAUAUAUGUUAAAAAAAACCAUGUUCAAUAUUUUGUCUUGGUAUUCCCUAAAUUGUCAUCUUCUGAUUGUCAGUAAUAAUUAAUUAUAGUCUGAUAUUUAGAACGGAACUAUACAUGCUCUUUAGACGAAAUGAAAGAAUGUUUUUGAAGAAUAAAUGCUUUUUUGCAAAGAUUUAUUAUUUUCUAAAAAACUGUUAAAUGUUGAUAAUUAAAAAAAGGAUGUUUGUUAAUCGGAUAUGUUUUCACAGGAUGUACUUUUGUACUGGAUUUGUUUGACAUUUAUGAAUGAAAUAGACAAACGUGUGUGGUAUGCUUGAACAGACAUGGCAUGUAAAUAUAUAUAUUUGCAAAGAGCUUUUUUCACUGUAAAUUGCUAUGUAUUUCAAUAUUUCCUUGUCCAUCUUUUCAAACUAAAUCUUCUAAUAAAAUGAAUAUUCAUGAUGGUAUAUAUGAAUAUUUUACAUUUUUAUUGAUUUCAACUGGAACACCUCGUUACAUUUAUCAACACCUUUUCUUAAAUAUUUCAUUCUUAUAUUAAAUAAUAAUUAAUUUUGUCAUAAAUAACAUAUUUUAAAUUAUUUAUUUUAAAAGUAUGUAGAAAUAUUACUUUUUAUUUACAUGUAUUAGUAGUAUUAUAUUUAUUUAUAGGUUAUUGUGUUAUCUUUAGACGGAAGCAUACCUGUAAACAUAUUAUGUGUGAGCAUACGAUUAUCUUGCUCUGUGUAGAGUAAUACUGAAUGGGUCUACUGUCCAUUUGAUACAAACUGUGCCACACGUAUCAAGUCUUGUACUAUGUGAUACCCCACGAAGAUCUGGGUUAGAAUUGGUCUUCAGCAACCCGUGCUUGUCGUAAGAUGUGACUAAAGGAUUGGGUGGUCAGGUUCGCUGACUUGGGUGAUACAUGUCAUCGUAUCCCAAUUGUGUAGAUCGAUGUUCAUGAUGUCAAUCACUGGAUUGUCUCUGGGUUAGUUAAGCAGGAAUAUUGCUGAGUGUGGCAUUUUAGAAAUAAACAAACAAACAAACAAACUAUGUGAAAACAGUCCAUGAACAGAAAUGAAUUGUUUUCAUCAUUAAGGAAAAUUACUCUGCAAGGACAAUAUACUUUUAGAGCAAGAAAAAAUCUGGUUUUAAUAUUAGUUCUGUGAGUGUGAGGAUUGUCCUGAUAGUUUCGGAAGAGUUAUCUUUCCUUGCCCUAACUACCUACCUACCCAUCUUUUGACGAGUUGGAACCCAAACUACAAAUGGAAAAAUAGUCCUAUAAUCCUGAAUACAAAAAAAUACACUCCAACAUGAUUGAAUAUGCAAUAAUGUGUUUUGAUAAAAUUAAUUUUGUACAAUUUCAUCUGAAAUGAACAUCUGACAUGGAGAUUUGAAUAUUUUAUUUAUUACAAUGUUUAAAAAAUUAAAGAGAUACAUGUGGGAUAGUGUUGUUGAUGAUGCACUUUCCUUCUCUAUCAUUUGAGUCUAUUCUGCUCAAGUAUAAUUUUUUGAAAUAAUGUUGUCCUGUUGUCAUGGCAAUAAUUCUGAAACCAGCAAUCAGUGUAACUUAGUCAACAUUGUUACUGUCAAGAAAUCUUAUAUUACAAUAUUUUUUAAUAAUUCAGACGUUUUUCAUGGUUUUUUGUUUGGAUUAUUUUUAGAAAACAAACAUGAAAUGGAAAGUGGACCCAAACAUACAGCAAAGUCACUGCCAUCAAAUGGGAUGCAAUAAAUCAUAAAAAAACAAUAAUCGUUUUUUCUCUGUCUGUAACUGAUGACUUCAGACUGAUAACACAGCCCUCAUGCAAGGCAUUCCUAAGGCAAGGGAGAUAACUGACUCUAAAAGUCCAGUUUCCACUGGAUUUAUAAAGUUAGUUAACUCCCUUGCCUUGGGAAGAUGCAUACAAGGAGUGUCAUGGAAACAUGAAAAAACAUGGCAGGGUGAAUAUUGGCUAUCUCUCUGACAUUUAAAUACAUGGAAGUCAUUAAAAGCAAUUUUAAGGAUUGAGAGAGAACAAAACUGUGCUCUGUUAUUGUGAGUUUAUUUUCUUUUUGUAUUUUGAAAAUAAAUAUUUUGAAGACUGAAUUUAUGUUGAGAUACUAAUGUGAAGAACUUUCUAAAUGUUUUGUAUUUGUUGAAUCUGAUGUAGAUUUGCUGUAGAGUUAAUGAUUGACACGCUCAGAGCGUUGAAUGUACUUUGUACUCUUGUUGUCAUAUCUUGUGCUGUGUGUUAUAAUCAUCUGUCAAUAAACAUGGUAAAAUAGCA